UACGUUAAGAUACAACCCCUUCAGGGCUGGAGUUGGCCUACAAAAGAGGGUCGCAAUCGGAACGGCACUCACUAUAACUUCACGCUAUGGUAUGUGGAGCUCCGGGGUAUCGACGACUGCACACUAGUCAAGGAUUGCCUACAAUGGCUGACAGAGUACAGGCAACGGGAGGCCAUACGGCUCUGUCUGAAGCAUUUGCGCCAAAAGAACUGUUCGGAAGCGUUCGAGUCGUUGCAGAAGCGGACGAGGAUUCAGUUGGAGGACCGGCUGCUCACGAGACUCCAUGAGCUGCUGGUCAUUGAAGGGGCGUUCGACCCGUGCGAGCGCCUACUGGAGGAGGCGUGCGAUCGCCGACUAUUCGACACGUAUAUCAGGCGACAGGACUACCGGCCCAUAUGGAAGCAGUUAAUGCCGGCGCCAGGCCCUAGUGGGAGGCCCGGUAGGCAACCAGGUAUGCGGGGCGGCCAUCAAAUGUGUAUAGACCCGUACGGACAAGUGAUUUAUCUGUUCGGCGGUUGGGAUGGGAGUCAAGAUUUGGCCGAUUUGUGGUCCUAUAGUAUUACUGAGCGCGAGUGGACUUGUAUUUCGGUGAAUACCGGACUGGAAGGCGGACCCACAGCCCGUUCCUGUCAUAAGAUGUGUUUGGAUCCGAUCCGCAAAAGGAUAUACACGUUGGGCCGGUAUCUCGACUCCAGUAUCCGAUCUGUAGAUAACUUAAAGAGUGAUUUCUAUGUAUACGACAUACAAUCGAAUCGAUGGUCACUGGUAUGCGAUGAUACCGGCGCUGUUGGCGGACCGGCGUUGGUGUUCGACCACCAGAUGUGUAUAGAUUUGGAGAAAAAUACUAUUUAUGUGUUCGGGGGUCGAGUGCUCUCAUGUCUGUCAGAUGAACGCGCGGCCAACUGUCCGGAACUGCCGGUGUUUAGUGGUCUGUAUAUAUACGAAGGGAAUAGCGGUAAAUGGCGUAAGCUUCGGGACGAUUGUCCGGCGGUAGGCGUUCCCCAGAGCGCCGGCAGUAAAGAGAUAAAGUCACGGAUUGGCCAUUCGAUGCUUUUCCACCAGAAGUCGCGACUGUUGUACGUAUUCGCGGGUCAGCGACAGAAGGAGUACUUGAGUGACUUCUUCACGUACAACGUGGACACGGAUGAGAUAGUGGUCAUCAAUGAUGGACACAAGUCGGAGGUACCCUCCGCAGGGUUCACACAGAGGGCUACCAUUGAUCCCGAGACCAAUGAGAUACACGUGCUGUCGGGCUUAAAUCGGGACAAAGACAAGGAUAAGGAGAGGGAUAAGGACGCGGACCGGGCGGACAGGGAUAAGGGAACGGUAGGCGCCUCUGCCGGCGAUGAGGAGACGGUGAAGAACUCGUUUUGGGUGUACGACAUACCGGACAACCGGUGGUCAUGUAUUUACCGCAACCACAGCUCACUGGACACCGACUCCGAUGCCACCAAUAAUAACAAUACGAUUGGCACCGACACCGAGACUACUCCUACCGCCUCGACAGCCGCCUCAGCGGUCGUGGACGCGGGCGACACGGCCUGUGGUGAGCCCUGUCAGCCGUGUCCCCGGUUUGCCCACCAAUUAGUCUACGAUCACAUCCAUAAGUGUCACUAUCUGUUUGGUGGUAAUCCCGGACGUAAUCAGAGCCCGAAGCUCAGGCUCGACGACUUCUGGACACUGGAGGUACCGCUGAAACGGCUGUCCAGUGAGGAGUUGUUGCGUAAGUGUCGCCGUCUGGUCAGAGAGCAGUCGUACCGCGAGAUCAUUCAGAGGGCGCCCCAGAGGGCCAUCCAAUACCUCCAGAACCAGUUGUCGCAGACUUUCGACCACUCGGUGCCCGACGAGAGCCGUGCGUUCCAGUCGUUGGCGGCACUGAUGUUCCAGUGCGAGGAAGACACCGACAGCCCUAACCCCGUGUCGAUGGAAACGGAUCCCCCGGACGACCCCAACUACAGGAGCCGUACGAAAGUGUUCGACACAAUCGUCGAGUACUUUCCCGAAGACAUGACUCAACCGAAGGCUAAUUUAGUCGAUUUGGUGCUGAUCUGAUGGAAAGGCAUGUAAAAGAGUGUGUGAGUGAGUGUAUGAGCGGCUCCUAUAGGCAAUGGGUCCGCAUUUUAUCGUUUAAAAUGUAAUUUUAUUCUCAAAUUUGUCUUAAUAAAAGCAAAUAAAAAAUAUAUAAA